CACGGUGGUGGCAACUUCAAGUGCGCUGUCACAGUCGCGACUUGGCCUUCGCUUAGUUUACAUUUUGCUUUGACCAUGAAACGAAGGCGUACUUGUGAGCCCUCUCGUCACCAGUUUCUGGCGCAGUCCGCCGCGGAAGCGGUGAUGCUGCAGCCACAUCUGCUGCACACCAUCACGUCGUACCAGUACGGGCUAUUCCACGACCUCGCCGCCAUCCACCGCGACUGGCAAGCCCCCCGCGACGGCAGCGACGUGUUGUUCACCUUGAACCACGAGUGUGUGUUCCUUGACCCCGUGAGCGUCCAUAAACUACACACGCCCGUCGACCACCCCCGGUUCCUGCUCCAUUUCCCCAUCCUCACCGGCAACGUGGCGCUGUUCCACCGGUGGUUGUCGUGCGCCGGUCGGGACUGGGUGAGUCCCGACACGCUGCUGUGCGCCGUCCACGAAGGCAACCUCAACAUCGUGCAACAUCUCCAUGAACACGUCCACGUGCCAUGCAGCACCGACGCGUUAGAAAUCGCCGCCGCCAAUGGGCACAUGGACAUCGUUCAAUACCUCCAUGCCCACACAAACGAGCCGUGCUCUUGGCGUGUGAUCUACAAAGCGGCCGAGUAUGGCCACAUGGACAUUGUCUUUUGGCUCAACGAGUGCCCGCACUGCCAGGAGUUCACCAAGUGUGCACUGGACUAUGCCGCCGGCCUCGGGCGUGUGCCUGCGGCGGCUCUUCUUUUGGACGCCGCCGACCACAGCGUGUGCUUGUCGUCUGAUGUGCAGCUGUUGAAUGUCCAAGCCGCAGGUCGAACGGCCCCGAUCUUGAGCCGCUUUGUCGAGCUCGACGACUGGGAUAUCCAUGUUCAGCCGGCGAUGCCCACCAUAGAGGACUCGCUCGACUUUUUGCUGGACCGCUUGGAGACCCACCGAGGCAUCGCAGUAAUUUAACGCGCGACCUGAAAAUCGACCAAUCAGAACGCUCGAUUCUAGUUGAAGUAGUAUUUGUUGGUCAAAAUAUCCGAAA